GUCUUCCUCGAGCCACCAGCUGAGUACAAACAGUAUGGCAUCGAGAACGGCGGCGAGGACCUAGGCGACGUCGCGUGGAAACUGAAUUGCACGACCUACGGGCUCAACGUGGCCACGGUGGAUUUCGACGCCCACUACAGCCAGAUCAACAUCGAGAAGCUCAACAUGCGGAGGUUCGUUUCAGAGCCAAGCGUCUAUGUCGGUGAAGACAUGAUGACAGUUGUGGCUAGGCGUGUAGAUACUGGCAUGGUCAUUGGCGGCGAAGGUUUGAAGUCCGAGACCAAGCAGGAGGGCGAGGAGUUGCUCAGCGACGAAGACGCGAGGAAGUUCAGGACAGGUACUGGGAAGCUAUUGUUUGUAGCCGCGGAGAGGUGCGACUUACAGUUCGCGACGAAGGAGAUCAGCAGAGGCAUGAGUCAACCGACAGUUGGAGAUGCCCUACUUCUUAAGCGAGCUGCGCGCUACCUCAGCGGCACCAGGGGCUACAUCAGCUUGAUUGUGCCAGAGGAUCGGAACAACAUCAUUCUACAGGUGGAGGUAGACAGCGACUGGGCAGGCGACAAGAUGGGAAGGAACAGUACUUCGAGAGGACACAUCUACUUCAACGAGACG